AUGGCUCAUCCAUCGCGUGCGUUCGCCGACGCGGCUGCCGCUGCUCUUCGGGCUCUCCAGUGCUCCGGACCGGCUCGUUCGGCGGGUGCCACCGCCCCUAUCGCCGCUGGUGCUGUGCCUCCAGCCCCGGCCGCGUCUGCAGGUGACCCUACGCUUCUUCCUGUCGCCUCCGGGACCUCGGUCCACUCUCCACCGGCUCCUCCAAGUAGUCCUGAGUCUGCUGCUGGGGCGACCGAGACUCCCCCGCCGGCAGCUCCCAUUGAAGAGGCUCCCGACUCGCCGCCGACACCACCGCCAAGCGCCAGCGCUCCACCGUCGCCAACUCCCGCGCCUUCGGUCACGUUGGCAACUCGCGGGGCGUCGGUUCCUCCGACAGCGGUUGUCUUGGGCGAGCAGCAGGUGCUGGAACUCGCUCGUCUCGUCGUGGGUGUUGCCCGUUUGCCUCUAGCUCGAGUCAACCCUGUUCUCGACCGCAACCUGCAAGCUGCCACUAACGUCGGUGAGGUGCUGGCCGCGGCUGUGGCCCCUCUCGACGAGGAGAUGCAUCUCCGCCAACGGGCUGACUAUUUCCUUGUGACGGCCAACUCGGACUGCAACCAAGCGCUCCAGAACAUCCAAGACAUGCGUACCGAGCUCACACACGCUAAUCAGCAGUUGUUGGAGAUGAACGCGGCCAUCUCCCAGCACGGCAACAUUACUCGGUCGUUGGAAGGUCGGACGCAGACCGCGGAAGCAGACGCAGCAGCUGCUGUUCGCCGGAACACGCAGAUCCAUGAGCGUAUCAAAGCAAGCCUCGUUGUCUACAACACCCAGUUGGAAAAGCUUCGGAAGCAGUUGGCCGACCGUGACCGAGCUGAUGUUAUCCCUGCCCGUAUCAGGGCGUUGACGGACGAGAACAACAGCUUGCGACGGGCCAACUCUAUCCUUCGACGGCACUCGGCAGCCUAUGGGCUCUACGUGGAUUCCUUGGUCUUGGCCUCGGCUGGCAUCUCCGCCGCUGAGAUCGACUGGAAUCUCCUCGGGCUGUCUCCACUGACGGUCACUGUCGCGAGUCCGCGCCGUAACAAAUCCUCGUCCGAGGAAGAGGAAGAGUCCAAGACGGCUGGCGUAUCGAUGGCUGAGCCUACCGAGGGUUCAGCUGCUCCCGCGGCUUCGCAGGUGGUGUCUGCUGGUUUGUCUGAGUCCACCGGGGCGUUCAAGCGCAAGCCCGAUUCGCAAGCCGAGUCGGCCUCUGCCGAGGGCACGACCGUCGGUCGACCUGAGAGUCAGAGCUGCAGCGGCCGCUGGGUCAUCCAGCCUCGGUCAGCAUCGGGUGAGGUCCCUGCACCGCCUCCGUCGACGCCACGACCCUCAACGACGUUCCGAACUAGCCGGUUGGAUGCUCAGCCUCUUCCGUACGAGCACUCGGACGUGCCGCUAUACCCUAGGUUGACGGGCGCUACUCUAGUUCCUCAGCCAGCUCGGUCUCCACCUCCGCGGGACGAGGGGUAUCCCGACUUCGAGUUCGGCGGUGCUGGAAGUCCAGACGACGUCCCGCAAGACGAUCUUGAGCCCGGCGAGAUUCCGGAAGCGCCGGCCGGUACAGAGGAGGCUGAAGGCCCCGCUUCCGAGGCUCCUGCUACUACCACCGAGUCUCCGCCUGCCGUCCCGGUUCCCGAAGCUGCGUCGAUCGUGUCCCAAGCCUUGGUCAGCGUUGGUCCGACGGGCGACGCACCUGCCGAGUCUCCUGAUGGUGACAACGAGGGUCCGUCUGCCUCGAGAAGCUCGCCGUCGGCUCCUCCAACGAGGACUGCCGCUGGCCCCGGUGACUCAUCGCCUCCCGAGGGCUCGCCAGAAGGAGGGUCGUCGGAUGGCUCGGAGACCUCGGAGGAUCGUGCAGCACUCAUGCGAGAGAUGUUUGGCUCCGACGACGAAAGCGAAGCCUCGGCUGCCCAACGGACAGGUCCUGCAGCACCUCCGGCACCUCAGGCUACGGCGACCGAGGUUCCUGUGGUUGCCCAAGCCGCUCCAGCUGCGCUGCCCCAUCGACCUUACACUCGGUCGACUUCGGUUCAUGCUCACGCGUUGGUGACAGCUACAGUGACUGCCACACCGAGGGCUGGUCCUGCUUCUAUCGCCCCUGCGGUGGUCGACGCUUCGGACGCGGCGGCAGGGUCGCGCAAGCUCAACAACCUGGCGUCACUGUUUCUCGAACCGGGAUUCGUGUCACCCGGCGGUCAAGAGUGUUGGAGUUUGAUCCAGAACGCUAGCGUGCCUCUCAUUUUUGACGACGACUUAGUUGCUCCGUGUUCGGCGGACGGGAUCAAGGCCUUCGGCAAGGCGACCCUCGGGCUGGCCCUGUGGGAGCGUCGUCAUUGGAUUUGGGCGAAGGCCAUCAAAGCAUUCAUCGACAACCUCGCUGCAGCACUCGGUCACCGCAACCCGGUGGUUGUGAAGCUUCGCAAGAAGUGGGCCAAGUACUACAAGCAGCGCAGCUACCGUGCGGACCGGUUGCGAGAUCGGAUGCCCCACCAGCACCCGACCGAGGUUCUUUUGGAGCCCUCUUACUCGCAAUACUCGUUCGAGGUGAUGGAGUGGGCCCCUACGACCGACGACUGGAUCUCUGAGAUUGCCGAACUUGACGCCGGCGAGCCGUGGCGUAACUGCUGGUUUCAAGAUCCAGCAAGCCACCCGUACAACACUGCGUUCGCUCCGUGCAACGAUGUUCCCUUGUUUGUUCCUCGAGACAUGACUAGGGAGGCUGUGGCGUCGUCGGUCGUGAUAGAGCCGUCGUUGCGGACGUCGAUGGUCGUUGCCCCGUGGGUCACCGAGUUUGCUGCUGCUCAUGAAGCUCGCUCUCCUAGCCCCUCGUCGGGGACCAAGGGGUCGGACGAAGGGGCAUCCUCUACGGAGUCGAACCUUGGCGUGCUGGCUCAGAUUUCGUCGGAGAUCUAA